UGCAACAGCUUAUUGUGGAUGUUGGUUUUCAUAAAUAGGCAAUUGAUCAUCUGCAAUCAGAAGUCCAAGUGCUGAAAAAGGAAAACAAGUCAAUGAAAGCAGGGGUACAGGAAUGUAGCCGUUACAGUUGGAGAUGGUGCCUAAAGUUGCACGGUGUUGCGGAAAAAGAAAGCGAAGAUGUCAGAAGUGUAGUGCUUAACGUACUAGAGAAUAUUGCUCCUGGGAUUGGAGACAGACUCCAGGACAGUGUUGAUGUCGCCCACCGUCUGGGUCCGAAACGAUCGGAGGCCGAGAUGAGCUUCUGCAUGAGGAGAGACGCCCCGCGACUCCGGCAGGAGGAGGAGUUUCAGACCGGAGAGGAGUUCAUUACCACCGGUGUUCACAUGACGGGACAGCACGAGUCUGACUGUAGCAAAGUGUCUGGACAGCAGUCUGCGUGCGAGGAUGAUGAAGACAUGGUGAGGAGAUCCCAGAAGAAGGACCACGUGGACGUGGUUUUUCCAGGGACCGUGAUGCACUAUAGCUGUUGCACCUUCGUCUGUGAGCUUCUGAAGUGUGUCCUGUACCAGACACAACAGCUGCCCAUGACCUAUGACGAGAUGGUCGUCUUCCAAAAUCAGCAACUCGAAACCACACAGCUGGAGGAAGGCGAUUUUAAGAAACCCAUCAAGUCAUCAGGAGACUCAACUUGGCAGCGGUGCCAGCGGACACUGCGAGUUCUGGACGAGGUGCUUGAACACCUGGAGGAGCUGUUCUCCCUCAGUUAUGUCCCCCGUGUGCUCUUCAUCCUCGGAAGCUCUGGAAUUCUUCCCACAGAGGUGUACGAGGUCAACAUGGAGGCUUUGGUGCUGAAAGGCAGUGACCGCAGUUUGGAAACAUCCCUGUGUCUGAGGCAGCUGUUUCGCACCCUUUUCACGGAGGACCUGUUUUCGGAAGUUAAGACAGUGCGCCUCAUGGGCACCACGGUCAUGGCGCUUGCCCAUCACAACUGUGGUGUGGAAUGGUUCAAGCCCAAAGUUGACUUCAGGCUCCCCAUGAAGGUGAAGAGAAAGACGAUAGUGUUAUCCAGUGGUGGGUCUGGAAGUCGCCAGAGGAAGUCUGACACAAGAGACUCAGAUAAUUAUAUAUGGUUUCAAACACCUGUAACUAUUAAGGGUUUUUGUAAGUAGAAUGGGAAUAAAGCCAGGUCCUCAAUUAUCUAGCGCACUUUGAGUAUAUGGAAGUACAACAGUGCCAACAUUUGCAAAAUUUAAUGGAAAAGUCUUGGUCUUAGUAAAUUGCUGUUCAAAAAUGUAUUGAAUUGUUAAAAAUAUUGAAAAGUACUAAUAUAGGGAAUUUAAUUAUUUUUGUUGAGCUGUAAUCGUAGAAAU